UUUUAAGAAACUUCCUGGAUUUCUCAAAACAAUUCAUUUCGCUCUAGUUACAAACUUGACCACUUUAGCAGCGUGAACAACGGCAAUCAAUAUAUGUAUAAGCUUUAGUCUGUAUAUUUUAACCCAAAUAAACCUUCUAUAGGGCUACAUGGAUCUAUUAAAAAUCCUUAUUCAGUCUUCAGAAAAAGCAGCAAAUAUAGCAAGAUUACUUCGGCAAAAUGAUAAAUUAUUUCAAAAGUUGGUCGAGCAAAAGUCUUCAGAAGAAGCAAAUCCAAGAUUUCAAGAGGAUUUUAAGACCUUAGCCGAUGUAUUGAUACAAGAAAUGGUGAAAUAUGAUGUCGGAAUUAAAUUUCCUUAUCUAAAAAAUAAAAUAUACGGUGAAGAAAAUAAUCACUUCUAUAGCAGUAAGCUAAAUAAAGAAAUGACCAUUGAAAUACAAGAGACACAAGAAGAAACAAGUUCAUUAUUAAGUGAGCUGUUUAAUGACAAUGAAGAAAUUGCCAAGCUACUUGCAACAGAGGUUCACAAAGUUGUUGAAUUAGAAAAUAUUUACACUAAAUACCCUGUCGAUGAUUUUAGUAUGGAUUUGAACAAAUUAAGUAUAUGGAUUGAUCCUAUAGAUGGCACCAACGAAUAUGUAAAAGGGGGAUAUGAAGAAAAAAUUGGCAAUCUUUAUCCAAAGGGUCUUAAAUGUGUGACAGUGUUAAUUGGGGUAUAUGAUGACAAUUCUGAGCCAAUAAUAGGUAUUAUUAACCAACCUUUUUUUGAUAAAGACACCGAUAUCGGCUUUCAGUGCAACUGGGGAGUCAGCUAUAUGUCUGAAAAUGGAUCCUUAAUAAACUUCUCAUCUGUAGAUUAUGCAGAAUUUGAAAGAAAUCGAAUUAUUUUUGUCGGAGGAAAUGAGACAAAUGUAGUUAGUCUAUUGCAAGAACAAGGAUAUAAUACAGCUGUUAGUACAGGAGCUGGAUAUAAACUUCUUGCUGUUAUUUUGGGUUUAGUCGAUGCCUAUGUCUUAUCUAAACCCACAACCUAUUUUUGGGAUACAUGUGCUCCACAGGCGAUUUUAAAAUCUAUAGGAGGAAAUAUCAUUACAAUGGAUAGUCUUAAAAGAAAGCAGAAAGAUUUUAUCAGAUAUCAUAAUAUAACCAAUGAAACAAAGUGUAAUAAAAAUGGAAUAGUGGCUUAUAGAGAUGAACAAAUAUUAAGUGAUCUUAUGGAGAUUGAUUGGACGAGUAUAUUAUAAAACUAUUCUAACUAGCUUGUAAAUAAAACAAUAUUGUAAAC